AUGUGGAAAUGUGUUAGAGGACUCAGAACAACAGUUUCAGUGCAAAACAAGGCUGCAUCUAGUAUUAAGAAAUCACAAAACAUUAAUGAAAUACCUAAACUCAAAGGACCUAAAACUAUAUAUAACCCCAGAACUUCAGCAUCGAACUAUAAAGGUUACUUAAAAAAAAGAAACACCCCAGGUCUAUAUUUUGAUCCAGCUCCCUCAUCAUCAACAGGAUCUAUUAAUAGUGAAACAAUCCCAUUAGCGUUCCUGCCUCCCAAUGACCCAAGAAGAAAAUUCGCUGAGCAAAUCAGACAAAACGAUCGUUUAAAUGUCUCAGAUGCUCCAUCAGUUUUACUAAGUAAGAGCUCUUCUCGCCCUGAGGGGAAAACAUACCAUUUAAUGCCUGAACAAAUCGAAGAAAUCAAGAAGUUAAGGGCGUCAGAUCCUGAAAAGUAUACCAGAAAAGUUUUGGCUAAACAAUUUGAUGUUUCACCAUUGUUUAUUUCAUUAGUUUCGAGUGCUUCAAAGGAAAGACUGACUGAAAUGGAUCGUAGAUUGAAGCUAAUAAAGAAUCGUUUCCAUCCAAAGAGAGCAAUUGCAAGAGACGAUAGGAAGAAAAGAAAAGAAUUGUGGUAUAGAGCUUAA